UUACUAAUUCAUUUUUUGGUCCGUCGAGUACAAAAAUUAUGAGUUUGAUAUUUUUUUCAAGGGCCAGCAGUAGUAGACCUACUGGACUGUUCAAUAAAGUUCCACUUUCUUUGAUUUCAGCUUUAGGAAAAAUGAAGAGACAAGUAGAAGUGGGCCAAGGCCCAAACUCUUUUCAAGGGAAGGCCCAAGACAGUGGAAGAUUCGGCCUGUUCCUUGCAACCCAAUCACAAAAAUCUCCCGCAUUUCAGUUCUUAAUUAUUAAUCAAAAUAUUAAUGCCAUGAGCUUCAGCUCUCUGCGCGUAAUCAUUUCUCUGAUUCUCAACUAAUUAAUCAAGAAUUAAGCACUCCUCCGUCUAGCUUUUGAUUGUAGGAAAUAGCAGUGAUUAUCAAAAAUAACGAUGGCGAGCACUGGAGAUGGAGGAGCGGAGGAUGCGAAGGAGUUGGCGGCUGAGCUGGGCACAACCCUAAGAGAAGGGGAGAGGAUCCUCACACCGACGCGGCGCCCCGAUGGAACCCUCCGUAAGCCUAUUCGGAUUCGCGCCGGUUAUGUCCCCCAAGAAGAAGUCGCCAUUUACCAAUCGAAAGGCGCACUUUGGAGGAAGGAUAUGUCGGCGACGCAAGAGGUGCCGCCGGGAUAUGAUCAGGUGGUGGAACCUAAACCAAAGUCUAAAUCGGCUAAGAGGAAUGAGAGGAAGAAAGAAAAGCGUCAGCAGGCCGCCCUUGAAAAGGGUAAGGAUUCAGAACAAAAUGAUGUCUUCUCAGUUGAUGAUCCAAUUGACCUUCCAGAAAAUGUGGAAUCUGUUUCAUCAAAGAUGAAUGGGCUCUCUCUUUCUGGAAAUGCCUCUUUGGCGACACCUCCUACAAGUUCAACCGAGUGUUCAACUCCAGAGGGUCAAGUUCAGGAUAUUGAUAAGAAGGUUCGAGCACUGAAGAAGAAGAUUCGGAUGACUGAAGCUCAGAGGCAAAACACUGCGGAGAAAGACAUGAAACCAGAACAAUUGGAAAAAGUGGCCAAAUUAGAAGGUUGGCAGAAUGAGUUGAAGCUUUUGGAAGAUAAGAAAGCAGAAUUAACAGCAUCUAUUUUGUGACAUGAGAUGCACAGAUAGGGCAAUAUGAUUGUAUACUUAUGCGUUGUUUUAAAAACGUGAACAAUGGCUCUAGCCUCUAGCCCAAUAAUAGAAGUGUUACUUGUCCAGGUUUUGUAUUCAUGGCCAUAGGUAGUAGCUUGUCUCUGUUGCCUGAGCUGUUUUAUUCGAUCAGACAUGUUGAAACUGGUUCCACUGGUUUAACAAUAAAAGAUACACAGUCCGUUUAGGGAGAA